AUGAACAAGCGCGGUGCAGCGAAUAAUCUUGCCUUGGUCAGGAACGUAUCAGCCAAGCCAGUUCAGGUGGGAGCUCGGAACUUGUCGGCCAGCUCGCGACCCAAGGCACUUCUCUGGAAGCCAGGGCGCUUCUGCGGCUGUUGUAGCGCGCUGCUUUGUUUGCUACUCGGCUCGGGUCGCGUUGCACCCAACGGCUGGGGCCUAGAAUCGGCCAAAUGA